AGAAUUGGGUGAAGGUUCAGCUUCCCAAUGGCGGUGGCACGCAAGGCGAGCUCCGAAUUGAAGCGAAAUUCUUCUCGACAUCUCUUAUUCUCGAAGACAAAUUUGUCGCAACUGUCGACGAGCGCUUGCUUUACAUUCUCAUCAGCUGGCGAAGACCUGAUAAUGCGUUCGAGUUUUCUUAUGGCCUUGCACAGUUUUUCAAGUUCGUUCGGCCGAGGAAUUGCGAAAUAGUAUUGGAGGCGCUCUUAAACUCUUCGCUCCCUUGA